AUGCAAUAUACUAAGACAAUUGCAUCGAAGUGCAGCCGGCUAUGCAGACACAAGCACACAUGCACAAGGAUAGACACGGACCACCACCCCACCCUCAUAACACUAAGUCACUUUAAUAUCUAUCUAUCUAUCUAUCUAUCUAUCUAUCUAUCUAUCUGUCAUAGUCACUUUAAUAUCUAUCUAUCUAUCUAUCUAUCUAUCUAUCUAUCUAUCUAUCUAUCUGUCAUAGUCACUUUAAUAUCUAUCUAUCUAUCUAUCUAUCUAUCUAUCUAUCUAUCAUGGACUUCUGACCGUGACAUACCGAGGCGAAAGUGGGCGACCGUCAUUUGUGAAUGGACAGAUGAUGCUGCCAAUGCUAUAAUUAUUUCCUCUAUCUUAUUCAGCUUCUAUCUAUCUAUCUAUCUAUCUAUCUAUCUAUCUAUCUAUCUAUCUAUCUAUCUCAUUCCGAUUCUAUCUAUCUAUCUAUCUAUCUAUCUAUCUAUCUAUCUAUCUAUCUGUUUCUUUCAGUCUCUUCGCUUCUUUUUAAUCUAUCUAUUCAUCUAUCUAUCUAUUAUCUAUCUAUCUAUCUAUCUAUCUCCUUCUGCUUCAAUUCAUCUAUCUAUCUAUCUAUCUAUCUAUCUAUCUAUCUAUCUAUCUAUUCUCAUUCUAUCUAUCUAUCUAUCUAUCUAUCUAUCUAUCUAUCUAUCUGUUUCUUUCAAUUCUGCUUCAACCUAUCUAUCUAUCUAUCUCCUUCUGCUUCAAUCUAUCUAUCUAUCUAUCUAUCUAAUAUUUCAUUCUGAUGCUAUCUAUCUAUCUAUCUAUCUAUCUAUGUAUCUCAUUCCGAUUCUAUCUAUCUAUCUAUCUAUCUGA